UGCCGACUAUGGACACGCCGCACAGAUCAAUAUGACAACUCUGCAGUAUGUACCAAAAACAUUCGUGACGGAAGAAGCAUUAUUUUUAUCCAAGGUGAAACGUCUUAAUCACAAAGAAGUGCCUUUUGUUAAUUUUUUUUAAAAUCAGCUUUCAAUCUGCGCGUUUGCUCGAAGCUGAUAGAAACCACCGAAGAAGAAGAAAACCCGGAAGUUAGCAAUACGCAGUUUUUGAAGAAAAAAAAUUAAUAAAUAAAAAAUGUGUAAAGUGAAAAUACUGAGAGCGUUGAUGGAGCAGCGACUAAAUGCCGCUGUGGACGAAAUAUUUGGACUGUUUGAGAAAACCAUAGCAGAGUACGAAGAGGAACUCUCCAGAACGAAAGAGGAGAAAGAACAACUGGCGGCUUUUCUCCAACCCCCAGCUGUGCGACACCCAGCAGACAUCCAAAAGGUGUCAGUGAAGAGUGAAGAGGAGCUUCCCGCAAGGGGCCCCAAUGUGGGGCAGAAAAGGCUGGAGCCCCCUCACAUUAAAGAGGAAGAAGAGGAACCUUGGGAGCAAUUUCAAGAGUUGGAGGAUGCGGAUGAGGAAGAUGAAGAUCAGUCCUUCCAGUUUGGUCGCAGUCAAAGUAAGGAGAACAGAGGGGCGGAGCUUCCAUCUCAACACAUCGUGGAAGCUGAUGGAGAGAAUUGUGAAGAUGUAAACUCAGAACCAGACAUAAAAUUUGCUCCACUGGCCGACAUGGACGACAUGAUGUCCGACGCUUCUGAGAGCGAUCACAGUGAGGACAUCCAAAAACCUUUGGAGAAUAAUAAGACCUCUAAAGGCGAUCUGAGAGAGAAUACCCACAACAAACACUUUGACUGCACUCAAUGUGGGAAAUCACUAAAGAACCGGGACAGUCUGAGAAGACACAUGAUCACACACACCGGAGAGAAGCGUUUUGUUUGCGCCGUUUGUGCGAAAAGUUUCUACCUAAAGCACAACUUGAUAAUACACAUGAGAACACACACCGGGGAGAAACCUUUCGCUUGCUCAGUUUGCCAGAGCCGAUUCUCUACAAAGGACAACAUGAAAAGACACAUGAUGAAACACACAGGCGAGAAUUUCCUUCACUCCAAACACUUCGAAUGCUCCGAGUGUGGGAAAGUAUUCGGUCGAAGGGGAUAUUUGACCCGACACAUGAGAACGCACACCGGAGAGAAACCUUUCGCUUGCACGGUCUGCGAUAAAAGGCUGUCCUCAAAGGUGUAUAUGAAAACGCACAUGUUGAUCCACACAGGUGAGAAUCCCUUCCCCUGUUCAGUUUGUGCCAGGACCUUUAGAGACAAGUAUCAGCUGAUCAAGCACAUGAGAACACACACCGGGAGAGAAACCUUGGCGUUGCAAAAUGUGUCCUGAGACGUCGGACUUGAAUACACUCAAAAACAGAUAAAAAAAUGCAGCAUGUCUUAAUAAGCAUGUGUAACAGGGUCAAUGUACAUUAGGUAAAUAUAUCUUUAUGUCUUAUUUUGAUCUCCAAGGUAGCGAUAAUCUGUAUUACAGAAUUCCUGUCAAUAUAUUUUUUUCAUUUAAAGGUUGAUUUAGUCAUCCUAACUCGUUGGCUUGUCAUUUUGGGCUUUGUACGAGCCCGUUUUGAUUGAGGGAUUAGUUUUGUGCCGACCUUGUCAAGUUUGUUUCACUGCCAGCCUAAUAUGCUAACUGUAUUUUUAAUGCCAUUGAUUAGGGUGAACCGGACUUACAAAUUACCUUUUGUAAAUUAAACAGUCAUAUUAUGUCUUAUGAUGUAAACUGCUAUUGCUUAUUUUUUUUUAGCUUAAACUGUUUUAGCAAGUUCAACAAAAAUAAAUGAAAAUUCCUCCUU